CGCUGGCUCUCCCCUGAGUCCCCCGGACCCCAGGAGAGCAAGCGGUGUGCGCGCCGGCGCUGCGUUUUCUCUCGACGCUUGGGACGCUCGGUGGCACUGGAGGAAGCCCUGACCGAGUCCCGAAGCCGGAAUAACCUGUCUUUCCGGUGCCUGCGGACGCCGCUGCAGCCGCGGCCGGAGCCCCGGGCUCAGUCGGUCCCGCGCUGCGGGGCGCGUCCUGCCUCUGUGCCUUCUUUGAGGGGCAAGAACUGAGAAAGCCGAGCCGGAGGUCUGGGCUCUGCCCCCAGCGCGAGGUGCAGGAUGGAGAGCAAGGCGUUGCUGGCAGUCGCCCUGUGGCUCUGCGUGGAGACCCGGGCCGCCUCUGUGGGUUUGCCUGAUGAUUCCCUUCAUCCACCCCUGCUCAGCACACAAAAAGACAUACUUACAAUUUUGGCAAAUACAACUCUUCAGAUUACUUGCAGGGGACAGAGGGACUUGGAUUGGCUUUGGCCCAACAAUCAGAGUGGUUCUGAGGAAAGGGUGGAGGUGACCAAAUGCAGCGACAGUGUCUUCUGCAAGACACUCACAAUUCCAAAAGUGGUUGGAAAUGAUACCGGAGCCUACAGGUGCUUCUACCAGGACACCAAUGUAGCCUCCACUGUUUAUGUCUAUGUUCAGGAUUAUAGAUCACCAUUCAUCGCCUCUGUUAGUGACCAACAUGGAAUUGUGUACAUCACUGAGAACAAAAACAAAACUUUGGUGAUUCCAUGCCGAGGGUCGAUUUCAAACCUCAACGUGUCACUUUGUGCAAGGUAUCCAGAAAAGAGAUUUGUUCCUGAUGGAAACAGAAUUUCUUGGGACAGCGAGAAAGGCUUUAGUAUCCCUGGUUACAUGAUCAGCUAUGCUGGAAUGGUCUUCUGUGAAGCAAAGAUUAAUGAUGAAACCUAUCAAUCUAUUAUGUACAUAGUUGUAGUUUUAGGAUAUAAGAUUUAUGAUGUGGUUCUGAGCCCCCCUCAUGGAAUCGAGCUAUCUGCUGGAGAGAAGCUUGUCUUAAAUUGUACAGCAAGAACUGAGCUCAAUGUGGGCCUUGAUUUCAACUGGGAAUGCCCUUCUUUGAAGCAUAAGAAAAUUGCAAGCCGAGAACCAAAGCUCUUGCCUGGGACUGCAAUGAAGAAAUUUUUGAGCACCUUGACAAUAGAUAGUGUGACCCGGAAUGACCAAGGGUGGUACACCUGUGUAGUGUCCAGUGGGCGGAUGACCAAGAAGAACAGCACGUUUGUCCGAGUCCACACACAACCUUUUGUUGCUUUCGGUAGUGGUAUGGAAUCUUUGGUGGAAGCCACAGUGGGUAGCAGUGUCCAAAUUCCUGUGAAGUUCCUUGGCUACCCAGCCCCUGAAAUCAAAUGGUACAAAAAUGGAAGACCCAUUGAGUCCAAUUACACAAUGACAGUGGGGUCUGCACUCACAAUCAUGGAAGUGAGUGAACGAGACACUGGAAAUUACACCAUCAUCCUUACCAAUCCCAUUUCAAAGGAGAAGCAGAGCCACAUGGUCUCUUUGAUUGUGAAUGUCCCGCCCCAGAUAGGCGAGAAAGCCCUGAUCUCUCCCAUGGAUUCCUACCAGUAUGGUACCAUGCAGACGUUGACAUGCACAGUCUAUGCCAAUCCUCCCCUGCAUCACAUCCACUGGUACUGGCAGUUGGAGGAAGAGUGCUCCUACCAACCCAGCCAAACAAAUCCAUAUACUUGUAAAGAAUGGAGAAAUGUGGGAGAUUUCCAGGGGGGAAAUAAGAUCGAAGUCACCAAAAACCAAUAUGCCCUAAUUGAAGGAAAAAACAAAACUGUGAGUACUCUGGUCAUCCAAUCUGCCAGUGUGUCAGCUUUGUACAAAUGUGAAGCCAUCAACAAAGCUGGGCGAGGAGAGAGAGUGAUCUCCUUCCAUGUGACCAAGGGUCCUGAGAUUACCUUGCAACCCUCUGCCCAGCCAACCGAGCAGGAGAAUGUAUCUCUGUGGUGCACUGCAGACAGAACUACAUUUGAGAACCUCAUGUGGUACAAACUUGGCUCACAGGCAACAUCGGUCCCCAUGGGCGAAUCUCUCACACCAGUCUGCAAGAAUCUGAAUGCUCUUUGGAAACAGAAUGCCACCAUGUUCGCUAAUAGCACAAACGACAUUUUGAUCAUGAUGUUUCAGAAUGUAUCCCUGCAGGACCAAGGAGACUACAUCUGCUCUGCUCAAGACAGGAAGACCAAGAAAAGGCAUUGCGUUGUCAGACAGCUCACCAUCCUAGAGCGCAUGGCACCCAUGAUCACAGGAAACUUGGAGAAUCAGACCACAAGUAUUGGUGAAACCAUUGAAGUUGCUUGCCCAGUGUCCGGGAACCCCACUCCACAGAUUACAUGGUUUAAAGACAAUGAGACACUUGUGGAAGACUCAGGCAUUGUAUUGAAAGAUGGGAACCGGAACCUAACUAUCCGCAGGGUGAGGAAGGAGGAUGAAGGCCUUUACACCUGCCAGGCCUGCAAUGUUCUUGGCUGUGCAAGAGCGGAGACAUUUUUCAUAAUAGAAGGUGCCCAGGAAAAGACCAACUUGGAAGUCAUCAUUUUAGUCGGCACUGCGGUGAUUGCCAUGUUCUUCUGGCUGCUUCUUGUCAUCGUUCUACGGACCGUUAAGCGGGCCAAUGGAGGGGAACUGAAGACUGGCUACUUGUCCAUUGUCAUGGAUCCAGAUGAACUGCCCUUGGAUGAACGCUGUGAACGCCUGCCUUAUGAUGCCAGCAAAUGGGAGUUCCCCAGAGACCGACUAAAACUAGGUAAACCUCUUGGCCGUGGUGCCUUUGGCCAAGUGAUUGAGGCGGAUGCUUUUGGAAUUGACAAGACAGCAACUUGCAAAACAGUAGCUGUCAAAAUGUUGAAAGAAGGAGCCACGCACAGUGAGCACCGAGCCCUCAUGUCUGAACUCAAGAUCCUCAUCCACAUUGGCCACCACCUGAAUGUUGUCAACCUUCUAGGUGCUUGCACCAAGCCGGGAGGGCCUCUCAUGGUGAUUGUGGAAUUCUGCAAGUUUGGAAACCUAUCAACUUACUUACGGGGCAAGAGAAAUGAAUUUAUUACCUAUAAGAGCAAAGGGGCACGAUUCCGGCAAGGGAAAGACUAUGUUGGAGAAAUCUCUGUGGAUCUGAAACGCCGCUUGGACAGCAUCACUAGUAGCCAGAGCUCUGCCAGCUCGGGAUUUGUUGAGGAGAAAUCCCUCAGCGACGUGGAGGAAGAAGAAGCUUCUGAAGACCUGUAUAAGGAUUUCCUGACCUUGGAGCAUCUAAUCUGUUACAGCUUCCAAGUGGCUAAGGGCAUGGAAUUCUUGGCAUCUCGGAAGUGUAUCCACAGGGAUCUGGCAGCACGAAACAUUCUCUUGUCAGAGAAGAACGUGGUUAAAAUCUGUGACUUCGGAUUGGCCCGGGAUAUUUAUAAAGACCCAGAUUAUGUCAGAAAAGGAGAUGCCCGACUCCCUUUGAAAUGGAUGGCCCCAGAAACUAUUUUUGACAGAGUAUAUACAAUUCAGAGUGAUGUGUGGUCUUUCGGUGUUUUGCUCUGGGAAAUAUUUUCUUUAGGUGCUUCUCCUUAUCCUGGAGUAAAGAUUGAUGAGGAGUUUUGUAGGCGAUUGAAAGAAGGAACUAGAAUGAGGGCCCCUGACUACACCACACCAGAAAUGUACCAGACCAUGCUUGACUGCUGGCAUGAGGAACCCAACCAGAGACCCUCAUUUUCAGAGUUGGUAGAACAUUUGGGAAAUCUUCUGCAAGCUAAUGCUCAGCAGGAUGGCAAAGACUACAUUGUUCUUCCAAUGUCAGAGACUUUGAGCAUGGAAGAGGAUUCUGGACUCUCCCUGCCCACCUCACCUGUUUCCUGUAUGGAGGAAGAGGAAGUGUGUGACCCCAAAUUCCAUUAUGACAACACAGCAGGAAUCAGUCAGUAUCUGCAGAACAGUAAGCGAAAGAGUCGGCCAGUGAGUGUAAAAACAUUUGAAGAUAUCCCAUUGGAAGAACCAGAAGUAAAAGUAAUCCCAGAUGACAAUCAGACAGACAGUGGGAUGGUUCUUGCAUCAGAAGAGCUGAAAACUCUGGAAGACAGAACCAAAUUAGCUCCAUCUUUUAGUGGAAUGAUGCCCAGCAAAAGCAGGGAGUCCGUGGCCUCCGAAGGCUCCAACCAGACUAGUGGCUACCAGUCUGGGUAUCACUCGGAUGACACAGACACCACUGUGUACUCCAGCGAGGAGGCGGAACUUUUAAAGCUGGUGGAGGCUGCAGUGCAGGCUGACUGUGGGACCACACUGCGCUCACCUCCUAUUUAAAAGCGGGUGCCCACACUCCCGACUCCUGGAAAUUGUGAGAGAGGUGCUGCUUAGAGUUUCAAGUGUUGUUCUUUCCAUCACCUGGAAGUAGCCACAUUUGAUUUUCAUUUCAGAAAAAGGACCUCAAACUGCAAAGAGCUAGUUAUCUGGGCAUUUAAAGAGAAGAUGCCUGUGACCCAAGAAUGUGUUGGAUUGACUCUUUUUCAUUUAUUAAAAAAGCCUGUGUAAUGUCCCCAGCCAUGGGUCUCACCAUGAGUUAAAACAAAAGACAUUCAAACAAGGGCUCUGUCUCCAAGAAGUAGCCAUACCUGGGCAUUGGACACAUCUGUAAAAAUGGGUAAAAUGGACGAUGAUAGUGCUUUGGUUGAUAAGAUAAGAUGCUAAGGCCAAGUCUACCUAAAGGGCUUUGUGGAGGAUGUGGGCUGUGAGCCAAGUCUUAAGUGUGGGAUUUGGACUGAUAGGAAGGAAGGCAUGAGCUUGCUUAGAGAGUGCGCUGAAGCCUGCAGAUGCAUUGUGCUGGCUCUGGUGGAGGUGGGCAUGUGGCCUGUCAGGAAAUGCAAAGGCGACCAGCGAGGUUUCUGGUUUUAGAAGGUUGCGUGCUCUUCGCAGUUGGGCUAAAGGUGAGUUCCCUAUGCUGUUUCCGACUCCUAAUGAGAGUUCCUUCCGGACUCUUACGUGUCUCUUGGCCAGGCUCCAGGAAGGAAAUGAGGCAGCUCUGGCUCCUUGUCUCCCAGGCUGAUCCUUUAUUAGGAACACCACAAAGAGAGGACAUUUGGCCCAAGGCUCCCUGUCGUGUUGAAGACUUCUUACUGCACAAAGCAACUCAGAAUUUCUUCUGGGUGAAUAGCCACAUGUCUGUCUGGUGGCAGUGUCGAGGCUGAGUUCAAUGGGUUCUGUGUCAAGCUGUAGUGAUGCAGGCUUAGGAAGGUGCCAUCCUUUUGUCCCUCCCCUACCCCCAGGUCACCCCCAGAUCCUCAGUAUUUUAGCCUGAUGGCCUCUACACAACAGAAAAUCUGAUUUGGUUUAUUCACUUUCUGAAUAAAUGAUCAUUAGCCAGAUUUCAAAAUUGCCUUAUAGCCAAGGUUAUAAUAACACCUAUUGUAUUAUUUAGACUUUUAACAUAUAAAGCUAUUUCUACUGGACGUUUGCCCUUCUGCUAUCCUCCUUUCAAGAAAGAAACUCUAUUUUUCAUUUGGUACCAUAGUGUGAAAGGCUGAGAACAAGGACUUUAAAACAUGCUAUGGCGCAUAUAUUUAUAGUCUGUUAUGUAGAACAAAUGUAAUAUAUUAAAACUUUAUAUUAUAUAUAAUGAACUUUGUACUAUUCACAUUUUGUAUCAGUAUUAUGUAGCAUAACAAAGAUUGUAAUGCUUUCAGCAACUGAUGUCAUUUUAUUAAAAAAUAUUGAGAAAC